CUCUAAUCUUAACACGAGUACGACAUUCAACCCAUGUUGGGUCUACUUCUCUUCAGCUCUUUUGAUUGGUGCUCUCGGCAUAUCUGGUGAGCCUCGCCGUUAAUUUGGGAAAAAAAAAAAGAAAAAAGAAAGAGGAUUUGGACAAGGAGGCUACUUGGUUAAGAGUCUGGUUGGUCAACCAAGUAACAGAGAGAGACUCUUCCCCUACCUUGAAACUAUUGUGUUUUGGAUCUGCAUUGAAACUUUCUUUCUCUCGCUGCUUUUGUAUUUUGAGAUCAGUUUCAGAGAAGCAUUUAGAGCUCAAUUAUAGUAUAUUAUCACUUGGAAGAAGUUUCAGUCUUGUUCAUCAACUGGGUGUGUUCAAAGUAAGAUCAGAAAGCACAGAUUUUUUGAACUGAGUUGAUGGUUAUCUGUUUGCUUUUAUCUGUCAAAGAUGCAGUUUUUGGAGGAGUUUUAUUCAGUUUCAAGGUGACUGGUAGUUGAAGCACAUAGUUUUUAUUGAAGCUGCUUUCAGUUCUUUUAUGGUGAGGACUUUAGGUAGAAGAUACUGGAUUUAGAAAGAUUUAUUUUUGGGAACUGGGUUCUUUAGAUUUCUGUUAGGGAAGCAUAUUAUGGGGGAGGAAAUGAAUCUGGAAGGCCCUGUAGAGGCUAAAGAGGAAAAUGAACCCCCAAAAGGAAGCUGCUGUGAAUGUUUUUGGAUUCCAAUUGAUUGGAUCAAAAUGCUUGCCACUGAAAUGCACUGGACUUUUGUGUUUGGGGUUGUGGUUGUUUAUGGAAUCAGCCAAGGAUUAGGUGGAGCUCUUUUUCGUGUUGGGACUGAGUAUUACAUGAAGGAUGUUCAGAAGGUGCAGCCUUCUGAGUCUCAGGUCUAUUCAGGAAUCACUUCAAUUCCUUGGAUUGUCAAGCCUCUUUGGGGACUUCUCACUGAUGUUCUCCCUAUUUAUGGGUACAGAAGACGCCCUUAUUUCAUCUUAGCUGGUUUUCUAGGUGUCAUCUCUAUGCUAGUGCUGUCAUUACUCCAAAAUCUGCAUCUUGCAUUAGCUGUGUUGUCAUUAACAGCAGGAAGUACUGGGGUAGCCAUAGCAGAUGUGACGAUUGAUGCGUGUAUUGCACAGAACAGCAUUAGUCAUCCUUCUUUGGCAUCUGAUAUGCAGAGCUUGUGUACUCUAUGUGCUUCAAUUGGGGCUCUUGUGGGCUACUCCAUUAGUGGCAUUUUUGUUCAUCUAAUAGGACCUAAGGGAGUCUAUGGCUUGAUGACAAUUCCAUAUGGACUUGUCUUUCUAGUUGGAAUUCUGCUCAAUGAGCCCCAAGUACCAGACUUCAAUUACAAACAGGUAACCGUCAUCACUUCAUCUUGUUUUUACUUGAUAAUACAUUCAUAUAUUAAUUCUAUGUUUGUGGCUCAGGUGAACCAGAAGUUUCUUGAUGCUGGAAAGGCUAUGUGGACAACAUUAAAGUUCCCACUUGUAUGGAGGCCAUGUUUGUACAUGUAUCUGUCAUUUACAUUGAGCUUGAAUAUCUAUGAAGGAUUGUUCUAUUGGUAUACAGACUCGGAAGCUGGUCCAGCCUUCUCCCAGGAAACUGUGGGAUACAUACUCUCUAUUGGUCCAGUCGGCUCCAUGUUGGCAGCAAUACUGUAUCAGAAUUCUCUGAAGGAUUACCCUUUUCGAGACAUUCUAUUCUGGGCUCAAUUGCUUUCUGGUUUAUCCGGAAUGCUGGAUUUGAUGCUGGUUUUACGGCUGAACCUGGCUUUCGGCAUUCCAGACUUUGUGGCCAUUGUCAUUGAUGAAGGUGUCUCAAGAAUGGUUGGCCAAAUGAAGUGGAUGCCUCUCCUUGUGCUCAGUUCCAGGCUCUGUCCCUCUGGCAUUGAAGGAACUUUCUUUGCUCUUCUUAUGUCCAUUGACAAUGCUGGACUCCUGUCAUCGUCCUGGCUAGGCGGCCUGCUGCUGCAUGUGUUGAAGGUCACAAGGUCCCAAUUUGACAACUUAUGGCUGGCAAUUAUAAUCAGAAACAUAUCAAGACUUGCUCCACUUUGUAUAAUAUUUUUGGUGCCCAGAGGUGAUCCGGAUUCCUCCUUCCUGCCUGAUGAAGUUCCAAGUUCAGAAGAGGCCACCUGCGACAGCGAUCAGGAACCUGAGAAUAUUGAGCUGGUAGCCCUUGUUAAUGGUGUUGAUGAUGAUAGUAGAUAGCAUGAACAAGACGGCAAAAAUUUACUUGAGACUGAAAGGAAUCUGAAUUAUAAACAUUACACAAUUGCAAGGCAGCCUCUUUUUAGGCCCUUCAGUAGCCAUACAUUUAUUUAUUCUCAAAUUCAACCUGAUAUCAAAGCUAUUAACAUUAAUUAUUAAUACUAUGUAACGACUGGCCUUUUAUUAAAGUAUAUUUUUAAAAGUUA